AUGGGUGCAGUUGACUGCAUUGACUGUGCUGCUGAUGCAUCAGUGGUUAGCGCUGUGAAUGAAGGAAUUUUAGCCGCAAAAGAAAUUGCAGGUCUUCAGAAAAAGCCUUGGGUUAUGAUCAGUGUCAAUGAUGAUAAAGAUCUUCAUUUUCGCAAAGCCGAAUUUGAUCCAGAAAACUGUCCAGCAAAUUGUUCUCGCCCUUGCGAAAUUGUGUGCCCUGCUAAUGCAAUAUCAUUCCUAGGGAAAUCAGCAUCUGGAACUUCAUCUAAUACUGAAUUACCAAGAUUUUUAGUGGAUGGAGUCAUAACAGAACGCUGCUACGGUUGUGGCCGUUGCCUUCCGGUUUGCCCCUAUGACAAAAUAAGAGAGGUAACAUAUGUAAGAGACGCCGCGACAACUGCUGAUCUCCUCAGGAGAAAUGAUGUUGAUGCUAUGGAGAUACAUACAAGUGGGAGGCAGAGUGCACAAUUCAAAGAGCUCUGGUGUGCUUUAGGGAAUUCAGUAGAAAACUUAAAGUUAAUAGCAGUUAGCUUACCUAAUGGUGGAGAUUCAACAAUACCCUCUAUGAAUGAGAUGUUCUCCAUUAUGAAACCAAAUCUUCAAUGCUUCAACUUAUGGCAGUUGGACGGCCGGCCGAUGAGUGGAGACAUCGGGAGAGGAGCAACCAAGGAAACAAUCGCCUUUGCUAUCGAAUUGGCAAAAGCGAAAAACCGACCUCCCGGCUUCCUUCAACUUGCUGGUGGCACUAAUGCUCACACAAUUGAUGGAUUGAGAAAAAAAGGACUAUUUCAAACAACAUCUAUUGUAGUCGAUUCGUCGAAUUCGCCAGACGCCUUAAUCGGCGGUAUAGCUUACGGAGGCUAUGCACGGAAGAUUGUUGGUAGAGUAUUGAGAUCAAUGCAAUCUGAAUAUGGUGGAGCUGCUAGAAUAGAGGAUCAUCCUCAACAUCUUUUGAUGGCUCUUAAGGAAGCACUUGCUUUAGUUGGACCUGUUAAAUGUUUAUGAUCUCCAUAACUUGUUCACAAUCACAAUCAGUGCUUGGUAGUUUAUAUUUGGAACUAUAGCAGUACUAGUACAGCAUAUAGGGUAAGGAAGAAUAAAAACUUGUUAAAUAGGAUAAAAGAAAUGUCAUAAGAACGCAAUAAUAAUGUUUAAUUA